GAGAGAAGUUAGAGAAGUGAAUGCCCCAAAGUUAUUGUCUGUUUAAUAAACACAAUUUUGAGAACUCUGAGUUUCUUUGUUUACAAAGAUGUGGUAUGUUCCUGAUACGGUUUCAACUCCCACAGUAAUGAUAAUUAGUUUUGUUUUAGUGUUAUUAUUGUUAUUGGGAUGGAAAUUAGCUGAUUGGAUUUGGUUUCGGCCGAAGAAAUUAGAGAAGCUUUUAAGGCAGCAAGGAUUCGCCGGGAAUUCAUACCGGAUUCUCCACGGCGACUUGAAGGAGAGUGCGGCCAUGAGAGAGGAAGCAAUGUCCAAGCCCAUGAAGUUCUCCAAUCAUAUUGCUCCACGUGUCAUUCCUUCUGUUCAUCAAACCAUCCAGCAUUAUGGGAAGAAUUCAUUCAUGUGGAUUGGGACAGUGCCAAGAGUGCACAUAAUGGAUCCUGAGCAACUCAAAACUGUGUUCUCAUUCAUCAAUGAUUUCCAAAGGCCAACUAUGAAUCCUCUUCUCAAGUUGUUUACAAAUGGUCUUUUCAGUCAUGAAGGACAAAAAUGGGUCAAACAUAGAAAGAUUAUAAGCCCUGCAUUUCAUUUAAAGAAGCUUAAGGAUAUGAUACCCGAAUUCUAUCAUAGUUGUAACGAGAUGGUUAGCAAGUGGGAAAGCAUGGUCUCUGAAGAGGGAUCUUGUGAGUUAGAUGUAAUGCCUUAUCUCCAAAAUAUGGCUUCUGAUGUGAUUUCUCGAACUGCAUUUGGGAGUAGCUAUGAAAAAGGAAAAAAGAUCUUCGAGCUUCAAUCUAAAUUAGGUGCCUUUGCAAUUCAAUCUAGCUUAGGGAUAUAUAUUCCAGGAUGGAGGUUUCUACCCACGAAGUCAAAUAAUAAAAUGAAAGAGAUAAGUAAAGAGAUAUCAACUUUGAUAUUGGGUGUUAUGAAUGAAAAGGAAAAGUCUAUGAAGGCAGGUGAAGCUAUACAAACUGAUCUACUAAGCAUUCUCAUAGAAUCCAAUUUGAAUGAAAUUAAAGAACAUGGAAACAACAAAGGCAUGGGAUUGAGCAUACAAGAUGUUAUUGAUGAAUGCAAGCUUUUCUAUAUUACUGGUCAAGAAACUACAGCAACAUUACUAAUUUGGACGAUGGUAUUGUUGAGUUCAUAUUCAGAAUGGCAGGAGCGAGCAAGAAAAGAGGUAUUUGAGAUCUUUGGCAACAAGAAACCAGAUUAUGAUGGUUUAAGUCGGCUAAAAGUUGUGACUAUGAUCUUCAAUGAGGUUCUCAGGUUAUACCCACCUGUGAGUAUGUAUGCUCGUACUGUGAAUAAAGAAACAAAACUUGGAAAUUUGACUUUACCAGCAGGAGUGAUGUUGAGUUUACCAAUUAUUCUUAUCCAAACUGAUCGUGAGUUAUGGGGACAAGAUGCACAUGAAUUUAAUCCAAAUAGAUUUUCAGAAGGUGUUUCUAAAGCAACAAAAAAUCCAUGUGCUUAUGUACCAUUUGGUUGGGGUCCUAGAAUAUGCAUAGGACUAAACUUUGCCAUGAUUGAAGCAAAAAUGGCAUUAUCAAUGAUCCUACAACGCUUCUCAUUUCAGCUUUCUCCAUCAUACACACACACUCCUAUUGCAGGUUUAACAACACAACCUCAACAUGGAGCUCAUAUCAUACUACACAAACUCUAGCUACCUUCUUAAACUAUGUACUAACUUGCACAAUUAUCAUAGUUAAGAAUAGGAAUGUUUGCUAUUUUUGCUUGUAAUUUCCAAUACUUUGCGAAAAAGUUAGCUACACAUGUUCUAGAUAUAUUUUCCUUUCAACUAAAUUCUCUUUUUCAUUUUUCACUAGCUCUUAAAUAAACAAUUUUCAAGAUAAUAGCAUCUACUCCUUUUUCA